AUGAAAUAAUAUUCUCUUAUCAAAGAUGACGAUGCUAAUCUGAAUAAUAAUGAUAUCAAUGUAACAACUUCAAAUAACAUGGGAGUAAGUUUUACUGAAAGCGGAAUUGGAACUAAUGUGUUUGGAAGCAUGAAACUUAUACUCGGUGCAUCAAUACCAAACAGAAUGAAUAAUACCACUUUCGUUAAAUAAAAGGUGAAGUUUUUCAAGGUUAACUGGGGAUUUUUAUGCUUUUAUAUAUUCAUAGCUAGUCUUGGAGUAUUUCAACUUGGUAUUGUUCUAGCUGCUAACAACUAAGUAUCUACAGUGUUCGAUAUUUAAUUCGGAUUGAAAGAUUAGAGUCAAAAGAACUUUUAUCAUACUAUGAUAGGCUCAUCUUGUGUAUUUGGUGCUGUUCUUGGAUCUUUGAUAGGUGGAAAGGUAAUUACUGUCUUAGGUAGGAGAAGAAGCACAAUUUUUUUUAAUUUAUUCGCUGCUGUAUCAAUAGGAAUUACUAUGAUUGAAAAUUUCUAUACACUAUGCUUGGGAAGAUUGCUCUUUGGAAUAUGUGGAGGUAUUUUUUAAGUUGUUUUGCCUAAAUAAAUUGAAGAGACUGUCCCUAAUCAUCUUUAUGGAUCCUUUGGAGUCGUUUCAGCAUUGACAAUAAAUGGAGGAGAGAUGCUUGGAAUAGUUAUGGGAUUGGGACUUCCUGAUUCAUAAGAUGAAGAGGCAAUGUCAAAGACUACAUUCUGGAGGUACAUAUUUGGAUCUCCUUGGGUAUUCCAAGUCAUAACGUUAGUUUCUUACUUUUUCAUACUUAAGCAUGACACAAUUAAGUAUUUAAUUGACAAUAAUAAAGAUGCUGAGGCACUCUAGAUGGUAAAGAAAGUUUAUCAUAAGUCGGAGGAUCAUCAAUACAUUCUUGAUUAUAUAAAAAUGACUAGCUCCUUAGGAAAAGGUAAUAGAAUUUCAUUAAAAGAUGCUCUUACAAACAAGCUAUAUUGGAGAGCAACUUGGUUUUGCUUUACUUUUGCAUUAAUAAGUCAAUUCUCAGGGGUAAAUGGGAUAAUCUGGUACUCAGGUACGAUUCUAUAAAGAUUAUAAAAUUAAGGAGGAUCAGGCACAAUAUCACCUAAGUUAGGUUCAGUUCUGAUUGGAGUAGUUAAUUUCAUUGGAACUGUAGUAGCAGUAAUUCCACUAAGAUACUUUGGAAGAAAAACGUUAGUUUUAGUAGGGCAUUUACUAAUGGGAACAUUUAUGGUACUAGUUGGAGUAUUUGCUUAUUUAGAGUAUAGUAAUUUGAUGCUUACAAUGAUUUUGCUAUUUUUAAUUGUAUUUCAGUCAACUGAUGGCCCUAUAUUGUAACUCUAUGGAUCCGAGGUAACAGUUGAUUAAGGAUUAGGCUUUUGUGUAUUCGGAAUUAAAAGUUCAGGUCUAAUUGUAUCCUUAACAACUGAAUAUCUAAUGGAUAGUCCCUUACACCCAUACGGGGCAUUUUGGUUAUAUGGAGGAAUUAUAUGGAUAAGUUUUAUAUUUUUCUGGAUAUUUAUGAAGGAAACUAAAGGUUUAACAGAUAGGUAAAAGAAGUCAAUUUUUAGAAAAGAUUAUGAUCCACUUGAUUAUAAUAAUUAGACACCCUGA